ACCGGCGGUGUGGAGUUUUGGCGGCAAGCAGAGCGCAGCGGCUGGUUGAUGAAGCAGGGGGAGUUCAUGAAGACGUGGCGGCGAAGGUGGUUCAUUCUCAAAGACGGCAAGAUAUUUUGGUUCAAGUCGGACAUAGUGGGGCCGAACACGCAGCCACGCGGCAUCAUCGAGGUGAACAAGUGCCUGUCCAUCAAAGGCGCCGAGGACGCCAUCAACAAGCCGCACGCCUUUGAGAUCAGCACCACUGACCAAAACAUGUACUUCAUUGCCGAUUCAGACAAGGAGAAGGAGGACUGGAUCAAUGCGGUGGGGCGGGCCAUUGUGCGGCACUCCAAGAGCAUGAUGGACAGAGACCAGGUG